GACAGGUGGAAAAGGAACGCAAAAAUUAGCGCUACUGCUCGUUUCUUUUAACCGGGCUUGCCUCCUCCUCCUAACCAUCCUCAUCCUUCCCCUUUCUUGCACUCCCCGACCUCAUGUUUAAUUUUUCUCUCUAAUUCUCCUAUUUUUGCCCCAUAUCGACCCCUGCUCCCGUCAACUGGUGUCAGGGCUUCUCAAUCUGGAUCUGGGGUCAGCCUCCUCGCUCGUUCAGACCCUGUUGUUGCCCUAAAGCCCAGCCUGCUACCUAGUCAGUGGCUGCGAGGUCGCUCUGUUGUUAUAUACAUGAGCACUGCGGGUCUACACUUUGCGCAGCGUAACCUUGUCUUACUCUUCCCCAUCACGGCCCCAACCUAAUACAUAAUUUCGCCCAAGCAAGGCGCUUGCACAUGACACUGCGCUGGAGGCGCCCGUGCUUGUCACUUACACACAGACAGCACGCUACUUAGGCUCGACCCUCGCCUUCUUUCUUAUAAGCCAAAGCCCCCACCAUCGUUUCUUCCGCUGCCGGAGCCCUCCACCUACAUACGCCUCCCCAAGCUCGGAGACAUAGAUUGCUCCUCCUCAAGUUCUGGCUCCCUCCAUCUAUUGCUUCCGGCCGGUUGCAUAGAGUCUUUCUGCACCUUUCACUCGACGUCACCCGAACCCAUCAGAAAAUGUCCAGCUCGUCGAAGCCGCGGCAGCCCCGACUGAGGGCGUCGUGCGACGGCUGCUUCCUCGCCAAGGUCAAGUGCUCCAAAGCUAGACCCAUCUGCUCACGCUGCCUCGCCUGCGGCAUAGAAUGCCGCUACUCGCCCUCGAUCAGAUCCGGGAAGCCAAAGUCAGACCACAACUCUGGGCACCACAGUUCUUCUGCCAGCGACAUGUCUGGCCUUUCGCCCGUUGGCGAGGAUAAGACCAUGUUGAUCACAACGCAUGUGAGCGCGCCGGGCCUUUACAGGAUAGAUACAGGCUGGAACACCCCACCAGCGGGUGUCGAGGGCACCCUCAGUCGAGACCAUUCCAUCGCCUCCGGACUUGCCCUCCUCGGCGUCGACGAAAGGGCUGCGAGAGAGGCCGAAGCUAUGGCGGCUGCUGGGGGACCAGACAUGUACUCUACCGGCAUGCCAUGGACUCCACCCAACGACAUGUCUGCCCCAGGACAUUUCCCUGAGCCGACAAUCAUGGCACCCAUGCCCCAAGGUCAUGGCCAUGGCAGGUCGCAGUCGUUCGAUGUUGCCAUGUCUACCGCAGGCGUCUCACACUGGGCGGGCCACACCGUGCCACACGAUAUGUUUGGGGGUUAUGGCCAAACGCACAUGCCAACCCCGGCUAGCAUGGCAAACUACUUCCCGAGCCCGUCCUCGACCCCGACCCUUCGACCCCAAGUACGCAACAAGGCCGGCUCGACUGGCUCCAUUAGCGGCGGCGGCGGCUCCUGUACCUGCUUCACAGCCUGUCUUCAGUCACUUCAAGCCCUCCACGACGCCUCCGCUCCAUCAGCACCGCCCUUUGACAUCGUGCUGUCCAUGAACCGAAAGGCUGUCGAAGGCUGCGCAGCAAUGCUCUCAUGCCAGAGGUGUAUGAGCCGGUCUGGGACGCACACAGCGGCGAUGUUGCUGGCUACGGUCAUUGGCAAGAUAACAUCCUUCUACAGGAAUGCGUCCCAGACUCACUUUGAGAACGGAGGCAUGGGCGGCGGAAUGGGCAUGGGGAUGCCCUCCACAAGCGGCGCGCCGGGCUGUACCAGCCCAACGCUGAGCAUCAACGGAAACUUCGGCAUCAGCCUCGGCGCGUACCAAAUCGGCGGCGAGGACGGCCGCUGGAUCGAACUCGAGAUACUGGCACGAGAGCUGCGCAAGCUGGAAGAGGUCUAUUCGCGGUUCCGAGAAGUCUUUGCGGACCUCUCCGAGGAUCCCGAGAUAUCGAGGGCCAUGAUUGGCUACCUUAGCCAGAAUCUGGGCUCGACACUCGAUGUUGUCAGCCAUCGCAAAGGGGACAUGGGCUUUGCAUGACCCGGCUCUCCGCUCCUUCAAAAUCCUCCGCGUUGAACUUUUCCCCACAAUUCCCGUUUCGUUGCGAGUUUCCAAUCUCCCAGAUCUUUCUAGGACAAAGCAUGUCGUUGGCACUCCGGUGCACGUGGGGUUGAGACGCUAGCAUUUUUGUGUGUUGUCGAGCGAACAGGCCAACUACGACAAAGCGCUUGCCCGAUUGAUCCAUUGGGCGACGCAUUCGAAAAAGAAUAACCCGCGCUACUUUUUUUGCCACCUCCCUCCCUCGUUUUUUCUCUGACUUGACGACCGCGAUGAUUUUCUCAAUACAGCCAGUCUCUUUAUCGUCAUCUAUGGCACUUAUCGGUGUGGCGCGCAAGGAGCCAUUUUCUCUCCUCUUGGCUGGAGGCUUUUCCUUCUCUGAUUCUGAUGUAUCUAUUAUUACUCGGGCUUUCUUCCUUGUCCUCAUUUGUCAUCAGGUAUCUUUGGGUGCGUGCCGGACUAGGCUUAACCGUUAUUUCACUUCUACUUUUCUCUCCUUUUCCGCUUCUUCUAGGGUUUGGUCAUUACCAUGGAGCUUUGGGCGUCGAUCCGGGUUUGAUCGGUAUUUUUCAGGGUUAUUAAUUCGUCGUCUCUGGAACAUCACGGAGAGACGGAGGCUUGGGAAAAUGGGGACAUGGCAGGAUUUCGGUCUUCACUGUCAAGGAAUAGGUUAAACAGAAAGGAAAUGACACCUCAACGCAUAUGAUUUGCUUCCUUUGCCAUUUAGGAUUUCAC